AUAUCUUUCUAUAUAUAUCUUUAUCUUACCUAUGAAAUACAAACUACAUACAUGAUCAUUUAUAAGGUUAUUUAUCAAACAGUUUUAUAUACGGAUAUAACCUUACCAUGACCUUAGGCUAAUUGAUAGGCGUAACAGGUCAGCUCUAAAAAGACACCAGCUGGAUGAAGAAGGUUAGGAUGAACACAGAAUCAACACUAUUGCUUAGUGAAAAUCAUACUGAAAAAACAAUUUUAUUGAAAAGGAGACCUACGGCGGCCUCCAAGUCAAGAAAGAUUGCCGUUUUGAUAUGUUGCAUAGUGCAGUUACUAGUAUGUAGCGGUAUUGGCUAUGGACUCAGUGUAAUGUACGCCGAACUGGUGGUAGUUUUCAAUGCAAAAAGGGCUGAUGCCGCGUUGUUACAAAGCUUAAAUAUGGGAUUAAGCUGUAUGUCCGGUAUACUUAUUGCAGGCGUGAUGAAGAAAUUCGGUCCGGGAAUAUGUAUUGCUGUGGGAUGCCUAAUCAGUGGUAUUGGAUUGUUUGCAAGUGCAUUUGCCUCAAGACUUGAAGCUAUUAUUUUAUGUACCGGCGUAAUAUCAGGCCUAGCGUUGGGUAUACAAUUUCUUGCUGCGUAUGUAACUAUUGGGUGGAUGUUUCCAGAUUCCGCGAGCUUUUAUCUUAUAUGCCUUACCGGUGGUAUAAGUAUUGGCCAGUUUAUAUUUCCAUUACUUUUUGAACUGUUUAUAUCGCAAUAUUCGUGGUCUGGAGCUUUUCUGUGUUUGUCUGCAGUUUCAUUGAAUUGUAUUCCAUGUGGUAUUACCAUUCACUACUCAAGUGAACACUUUGUAACCGGAAGGGAUUCUCCAAAAACAAACGCCUUUUGCGAUAGGACACUUCUACAAGAUUUUGUUAUUUGGUUGUUGCUGAUCAACUUUCUUUUGUAUGCAAUGACAGGUAACAUGGAAGCUUGGUUUCUUGUCGAUCACGUUGUAACACAAGGUUUCACGAGAGAAUCAGGAGCAAUCCUUGUAUCCGUAAUAGGAAUCGGAAGUUGUGUUGGUCGUAUCUUUGGAGGGAUUCUACGUCUAACAUGCAAGUGUCCGACCAUGUAUCACUGGAUAUAUCUUUAUCUGAUACUCAGCGCUCUACAUGGAGCUAUUGUCAACAUACACGAAUUUUGGUCGUUACUUGUAACCUGUCUGUUGUAUGGUAUAAUGUUUGCAACAAGCGCUUCACAGGCACCAGCGAUAAUGUUUGAAGCGUCUGGUUUUGAACGUUACCCGCAGGGUAUGGCUUUGGCAAACAUAAUGUCCGGAAUAGGAGACACCAUUGGUCCUCUGUUAGGCGGCUUUUUGAAGGAUUUAUCGGGGGAAUAUAACGUCGUGUUCUAUAUAGCUGCAGGAGCAAGUGUGUAUAUAAGUGUUUCAACUGCUGUUACAGCAUAUAUAAUUAGACUUAAAAGGCUUAGAAACGGACAUACCUAACAAUUCAGUUUAUUUCGCCAUGCAAUGUCGUUGAAUACAUUGUGGCAUACCAGUUUAUGUGUUUUUUUAGACCAGGUAUCAACGUCGUUUUCAAUGCAUACAUGAUAUAGGAGACGUUAAUCUAGUAUUAUGUUUAAUCUAACAGGUUGCUGUUUAUUGUAUAAAUUGGCACUAUCAAACACAUUAAAAUUGUAUGUAAUUUAGGAGCAGCUGCCUUAAAGUAAGUACAAAUAAACUGUAAAUAAAACAGAACUUUCACUGUGAAUCAAGAAUUAAAUGUGUUCGCUUGCAAAAAUAACUAUUAUCAAUAUUAUUCAUUAACCUCAGAUCUUUCUGUUAUAAAAGAUAUCGUAAAUUGAGAAAAAGCAGACAUAGAGACCUUUCAAAGAUGAACGUGAGUGACAAACCACUAGAGAUUCAGUUCAUUGUAGAAGGUACUAAAUGUCCUUAUUGACAAAUUGAAAGUUAUUUCACUAGGUUAUAACCGGCUGCAAUAUAUUUGGUGUAUAUUUGGUGUAUCAAUGAGUGAACAUGUAAAAUUUGGUGUUCAAGUGUGAAAAUAUUUUGAUCAUAAUAAACGAAACAAGUGAUAGUAAAUAUGUCCUUGUUAUUGUUUUAGGAAUUGUACCACUUUUGUAGUUUAUAACGUUAUAUUACAUGUUCUGAUAUGACUAGCAAUGCUUAAAUCAUCACAACGACAUUAUGAUGACGUCAUGUCGACGUGAUAUUUUGCGCCAUAUAUGCAUCUUGA